AUGCAGCUUUGCCAUCUAUUUAUUCUUCUCUUCUUCUUAAAUUCUCUUCUGUUGACACAUGCCACCGGCAGCUCGCCUAGGCCACCUUCUAGUCAACCUAAACAGUUUAUACGAUCAAAGACAAUCUCAGUUGAAAAAGCGAUUAAACGAAGGAAUAAAGAAGAAAAGAAGUAUCAAUUUCAUCAAGUAGUUAGAAAGGAUGCUUCCCUGAAUGGUUUGUGGGCGGGCCACUCUGGACAAAGUGAAUGGAUGGAUAUGCAGGCAAGACGCAGAAUUGCAAUUGCAAACGUGAAAAGACAUGAUUUGGCCUCUAGGCUACUCCGAGAGAAUGGUGAAGUAAGCGAUGUAUUACAUGGUACAUCGCAAAACCUCAAGAAAAUACCCGAACACUUAUCGAUUGAGAUGGAAAAGGUGAGAAAGGCUAGUAAAUGGAGCAUUGCUCUUGCUAAAACCCACGAUGAAGACGGUCGGCGAUAUUUUGAGAAGCAUCAUCGAAAGUUAGACAAAUAUCAUAGGAUUAUCAAUGGAGAUACGUCACCUACCUCAAGUUCCUGGUCAUCGUCUAGCGAUGAAAGCGAUGGUCAAGGGAAAAGCAAGCGCCGCAAAAAUUGAAUUUGAAGCGCUGCAUAGAGACAGAUAAGAAACAAGAAGUGAUAAGAUCGAUCCGCGCACGCAUCUAGAUCAGGCGACAUGUUCGGACCAUCACCACCGCUCGAG